GACAACAGCAUUCAUCAUUGGAACAGCAACCAUGAUUGACAAAAAUAAAGUAUUAAUUAUAUUCCUAAUAACUGCAGUGUCAGUAAGUGCAGAGUGUCCCCCAGAGAGGAAAAACAAGGAGAGAUCAUGGGAAAUAAAACUUACUAAAGACAUAAAGUGCAACGUCAGUGAAAUGGCUGGAGAACUGUUGAGGUUUAAUGAUACGAAGGUGUAUGUCAACGUAACUUUCAUGAUCAAAUCGUUCAGUUUCGACGAAGUCGAUGGCAUCUUUACUAUAACAGCAUGGAUAAUCUCAAAAUGGACGCAUCCGCUUUUGAAUUGGAGCCCAGAUAAUUAUGGAGGAAUAAAAGAAGUGCCCAUAAAAGUGGGCGUCAUGUGGACUCCAGUAAUCAGCAUAGUUAACAAUGCAGACAGUGACGAAUUUUACGACGAUUACGAUACUCAAUGCAAUGUGAACCACAACGGAACGAUAACAUGCAUACCUCACGUGGCUAUCAAUGUAUUUUGUGACUCUAAAAUCAAGAACUUUCCAUAUGACGUGCAAAAUUGUACCGUGAAGUUCGGUCCGCAUAAUAAUUACGCCGACAGAGUUGUGUAUUCGUUUUCAUCGAAAAGAAAGGUUUCGAUGAUGGCGGCGGAGGAGAGUGCUGAUUGGAGUAUCAUAGACUAUGACGCUGGCAAUGUCCCAAACGAGCCUGGGAAGCUUUAUUUGAGUUUUCUAAUAGAAAGACACGCAGAGGUUUUGGCAGCCACCCUCGUAUACCCGACCCUCAUCGUUAUAGCACUCACAUUUGUAGCUCUUGCUAUGACUAUCGAGAACUUUAACCGCGUUGGCCUGCUGAUGUUCAAUAUUCUCUGUCAUUUUGAAUUUUUGAAUGAAAUAGAUUAUGUUAUACCAGUAAAUGGAGCGGAAAUUCCCGGUAUUUUGAUAUUUUUACGUAACUCGAUGAUUCUGAAUGUGAUUGUCUUUGGUGCGACAUUUUUAUUGGAUCACUUCCGUCGUCGAAAGGAACCGUCCCCUCAAUGGAUUUUUAUCAUCAAUAAUUUUUUGCUUGGUAAUAAAUAUUCAAUUUUUUUAGUCAAAUAUUUAAUAUCAAGAAGUGACAGUAAAAUCCUUGAUAGUGAAAGCGAAAGUGAUGCUGACAGUGCAAAUAACCAAUGGAUCAUAUUUACAGAGAUUUUAAAUUUCUUGUGUUUUAUCACAACUUUCAUGAUUUACUUAAUACUUUUUGUUGCACAUUUAAGUUUUCUGUUACAAACACCUGACUAUUAUGCCAAGUAUUACAAUUAUUGAAUUAUAGCAGAUAGUAAAUAAAUGUACUUAAU